AUGGAAAGAGAUUUGAAUGAGCUUAAGAAUUAUAGUCUAGAUUUCACUGAGUUUUUAAAUGAUUUUGACUUUGAGAUGGAUUAUCUAGCAAAUAAGGCUUCUCUUGAUGGCCAAGUCUAAGAACUUAUGUUUAUAGAAACAGAGUUGAAAAAGGGGUCCUAAUUCUUUAAGAGUUCAGACUUUAAAUUUUCAACUUUUAGCUAUCUUGCUUUGGAAUUAGAGAACAUUGAUUAGCUUGGCAAGAUUACAGAUAAUUCUGAUUUUUCUAUGCCACUGGUAGCUUUCAACACUUAUCAACUUCAAGUGUUUAACUAUCAUGAGAAACUUAGAGAUUUUAAAGAACUUAAAUUUUAUGAUGAGGAUUAGUUGUCCAAACAUGAUGUUCCCAGAUUUUUCAAAACCAUGUAUAUCCCAGAUGAUAGAUUCUUGCUUAUCGGGGGUUAGGAGAGAGAUAAUCCUUCAUUAUCGAGUAAAAAGGUAUUCUUACUUGACGAUAAGGGUAAACUUCAAUAGACUUCCCAACUAAAUAAAGCUAGGUAGUACUUUGCAACUUGCCCUGAUUAUGAGAAUGAAUUCGCUUAUGUGAUUGGAGGCUACAAUCACAAAAGAGGAUUACUUAAUCUUGUCGAGAAAUUUUCAUUCAAGGCUAGGAAAUGGAUUAAGAUUGAGGCAAUUAACCAUGCCAGGAUAAAUGCAAGUUCUACUAAGUGUGGCAACAAGUUCCUGUAUCUUUUUGGUGGACUUGACAAAAGAGAUUUCUUGGAUAGUAUUGAACGAUUCAAUUUAACAUUGGAUAUAUGGACUGUGAUGAAAAUUAAAAUGCCUCAGAGAAUGGCUAACUUCUUCAGCUUUAGUCUAAAUAAAGAUUAUAUUUUGAUAAUGGGAGGUAUGAAAAAGAAAUAAGAAGAUUUUAUACCCAAAGAAAGCAAAAAGAUUUAUGAAAUUGAGAGUAGAGUAUUUGCGCUAAAGACAAGUAAUUCAAAAUGGAAGGAUCUGAAGCCCUUCCCGUUUAAGAAAAAGUUUGGUAAUAUAGUGUAUAAUGGCUUUGGAAAAUUCUUUUGCUUUGUCAUUGAAAAUAAUAAAGAGUUACCCCAAUUAUUUGUAUAUGAUGUUAGAAACUGCUUCCCAUAAUUUGAUAAGUAUUGGGAAAAUGAAAAAAACCAGAGAGAGGGGCUCUAAAAAAUUAAGGGCAAAGAUAUCAAGGUUCACAGUGGAUAUAGUUUUAUGUCUCCAAAUGAGAAGAAUAUGCUAAAUGAGUACAGUGAAGGACCAGUAAAUAUUGCUGAAAGUCAUAACAGCCCGAGUGCACUUGAGAAACAAAUUUAUAGCUACACUGGAGAGCCGAUUCCUUCAUCAAGUUUAAAUCUUAUUCCUGCUGGUAAAUCUAUUGAGCUCGGUGUUUUUAAUAAUUGA